UGUCAGUGUCCGUCGGUAGACUUUUAUUUCCGCCCCGCAUUAGCGGGGGUCUGUGAUUCAGUUUCUGUUUCCGAUAGCCACGCAGUAGCACUAAUCUUGUUCUCGUGUCAGGGGUCAUACUUCAUUGAGUUUCUUGUAUUCAGUGACAGGGGUCUUGAAAUAGAAGCAAGACUAGAAGACAUGGAUUUCCCUCAAGAUAGGCUAGCUUUACCCCCUAGAAGCCCAGCAGACCUCCCACUUUCAAUUCUCGAAUUGGGCUGCUCAGGAACAUUUGAACUUAUUACCAAGGCUGAGGAAGAAAAUGGAUGUAUCUUCCCCCUGUCAACACUUCCUCAUGGCCUGCCUCCCUAUGCAGUGGACCUUGCAGUGGAAGCCGAACAACGCUUCUUGUCUGAUCCAUCAUGGUUGCCCAUACAUCACUUUGAACGAUCCCAAAAAGUAUGGCCUCGCAAAAAAUGUAUCGAGUCACUCUACCAUCUAGAUUUCACCCCUGUCCACUCUACAUUGAAAGUUGUUCGGAAGCCAACAACAGGCGAACUGCAAGGAUUUAAAGAGGAGCUGCUAAGUGAUACUGGCCUCACAGCAAAGAACUCACUUUCCCUGCAACGACCCCCAGGACCACUUUCAGAAGCUGUUCGUGGAAGCACCACCAACUAUCCCUUCUGGCCAGGUGGCAUGGAUGAACCCACUUUGGAUGUGAUCCAGUCUAAAGGAGAGCAAGAAGAGGAUAUUGACUUUGAGAGAGAUUUAUUGACUGUACCACCAGGCUGGAAGAAAGGAAUGGACUUCAAACCAGCAGGGCCAAAAGCUUCCCAUGGUGUGUUGAAUCUGACUAGCUUGCUGGGAGCCAUGCAAGAUUUUGACCUUGGAGGCUCCAGUGAUGAAGAGGAAGAAGAAGGAAAGAAAAAGGAGGAGGAGCAAACAAACAUAACAGAAGGAACCAAGCCACCUUUAUUGAGGUCCAACAGUCUGGAAGAUGUGGUGUUACAGACUUCUACUUCUAGUGUUGUGCCAGUUCCAGCACCAGUGUCAGCACCAAAGGUAGUAGCACCAGAGGAGCUGCCAAAAGAGUCUUGGGCUGUUUCUGUGGAUGUCAGCUCUCCUGUAGAUGACUUCUAUAAACUUAUUCCUGAUCCAGCAAUCAAGUGGCCUUUUGAGCCAGAUGUCUUUCAAAAGCAGGCCAUUCUACACCUAGAAAGACAUGAUUCUGUGUUUGUUGCUGCCCACACUUCUGCAGGAAAGACUGUUGUUGCAGAAUAUGCAAUUGCUUUGUCGCAAAAACACAUGACAAGAACCAUUUACACAUCCCCUAUCAAAGCCUUAUCAAAUCAGAAGUUCAGAGAUUUCAGGCAGACCUUCAAAGAUGUUGGACUUCUUACAGGUGAUGUUCAGUUGCAUCCAGAGGCAUCCUGUCUGAUUAUGACAACAGAAAUCCUGCGAUCAAUGCUAUACAAUGGUUCAGAUGUCAUCCGAGAUUUGGAAUGGGUCAUUUUUGAUGAAGUUCACUAUGUGAAUGAUGCUGAGAGAGGUGUGGUGUGGGAGGAGGUCCUCAUUAUGCUUCCUGAUCACGUAAACCUGAUUCUUCUGAGUGCCACUGUCCCAAAUACAAUGGAGUUUGCAGACUGGAUUGGGAGAAUAAAACGCAAGAAGAUCUAUGUGAUCAGCACUCUGAAACGACCUGUUCCACUAGAACAUUACCUAUACACUGGCAACAGUCAGAAAACGCAGAAUGAGCUCUUCCUUUUGGUUGAUGCAAAGGGGACCUUCUUAACUAAGGGGUAUUAUUCUGCUAUUGAAGCAAAGAAGGACAGAGCCAGCAAACAUUCACAGACAUUUGGAGCCAAGCAACCUAUCUAUCAUGGUGGAGCCAGCCAGGAUAAAAAUGUAUGGCUGUCUAUCAUUGAUAUGCUAAGAAAAAAGGACCAACUACCAGUCGUUGCUUUCACCUUUUCUCGAAACCGCUGUGAUGAUAAUGCUAGCAUUCUAACCACUGUUGACCUUACGAGCAGUACUGAGAAGAGUGAGAUCCACAUAUUCUUCCAGAAGUGCGUAUCCAGGUUAAAAGGCACUGAUCGACAGUUGCCUCAGGUGCUGCACAUGGUACAAUUGCUGAAGCGAGGCAUUGGUGUUCACCACAGUGGAAUCCUGCCAAUCCUGAAGGAGGUUAUCGAGAUGCUUUUCACCAGGGGGUUAGUAAAGGUCCUUUUUGCAACAGAGACCUUUGCCAUGGGUGUGAACAUGCCCACCCGGACGGUAGUAUUUGACUCAAUACGCAAACAUGAUGGAACCAGUUUCCGGGAUCUUGCACCAGGAGAGUACAUCCAGAUGGCUGGCCGAGCAGGGCGACGUGGGCUUGAUCCAACAGGGAUGGUUAUUAUCCUAUGUAAAGACCAGGUGCCAGAGAUGGCUGACCUUCACAAGAUGAUGCUGGGCAAGCCCACACAACUACAGUCUCAGUUCCGGUUAACCUACACCAUGAUUCUAAACCUGUUGCGUGUGGAGGCACUAAGGGUGGAGGACAUGAUGAAGCGCAGCUUCUCCGAGUUCCAUACAAGGAAAGACACCAAGGUCUUUGAGCAAAAGAUUGCAGAACUGACCCAAAUUCUUUCUGGCAUGGAUGAGGUGGAUACUACUGGACAACUUAAUGACCUUGAAUGCUACUACACUACUGUACAGGAGCUUCAGUAUGCACGGGCUAUAUUACAGAAAAAGAUCAUGGAAUCGGUCAGUGGUGUCAAGGCGUUAUCAGUGGGACGAGUGGUCAUCAUAGACAAUGACAAGCACAAACAUGCACUGGGAAUCAUUCUGCAGGUUUCCACAGAUUCUACCAAUCGAACCUUUACUACUCUUGUUCUGUGUGAGAAGAGACAAGAAGGAGAAGAUGAGGGUAAAUCUGUCCCACAGAGGAAAUCAGAAGCUUUAUUACCAGAGGAUCUUGUUGCACAAAAACUCUUCCUACCUGAAGGGCCUUGCAGUCAUGUCGUGGAGAAGUUGAAAGGUAUUGACAUCGGUGGUAUCACAGUGAAAACUCUCAAAAUCAAUGCUGACAAAAUCAUUGAUGAUUUCAAUAAGAGACAGAUCCCUCGUUUCAGGAAUGAUCCCCCUGGACAGUCUGCUACCACAGCAACUCAAGAACUUCUUCGGCUGGUGGAGUCAAAUCUUAAUGGCAUACCUUGUCUUGAUCCCGUAAAUGAUUUGCAGCUGAAAGAUGUGGAUGUGGUGGAGAAUUUUAUGAGAAUCAAGACCCUAGAAGAAGCAUUGGUCACUUUUAACUGUGUGCACAGUCCCAGAUUUGCAGCACAGUACUGUAGGCUGCAUGAGCGAAUGAAAGUUAAAGAGGAACUGGAUCAGCUGCGUUACCUGAUAUCGGACCAGAGCCUUGUGUUGCUUCCAGAGUAUGAACAAAGGAUCAAUGUGCUGAAGGCUUUAAAGUACAUUGAUGAAAGCUGUGCAGUUCAGCUUAAAGGACGAGUGGCCUGUGAGAUUAGCAAUCAUGAGAUGCUUCUCACUGAGAUUGUAUUUGAGAAUGUGUUGACAGAGCUGCAGCCUGAGGAAAUUGUGUCCCUUUUGUCCUGUAUGGUAUUCCAGCAGAAGACACAAGUGGAGCCAGAAAUUAAUGAUGUCUUGCGAAAGGGCAUUGAACGCAUUCGUGGUGUGGCAGAGAGGAUUGCUGUUCUGCAACGAGAAUGUGGAAUGCGACAAUCUGUGGAAGACUUUGUGGAAAAGUUUAAUUUUGGGUUGGUGGAAGUGGUUUAUGAAUGGGCUCGUGGCCUGCCUUUUGCAGAUAUUGCCAAGCUGACAGAUGUCCAGGAAGGCAUUAUAGUUCGGUGCAUUCAACGACUGAAUGAAACUUGCCGAGAUGUACGAAAUGCAGCCCGGAUCAUUGGAGAUCCUGUCCUGUAUGACAAAAUGGAGAAAUCUUCUAACUUGAUCAAAAGGGACAUUGUAUUCACUGCCAGCCUUUACACGCAAUAGCCAUCUUGUCUUAAGAACAGUCUCGUAUCUUGGAAAAUGGAAUCUCCUACAUUUGGCACUAGGAUUUCCAUGAAAUGCACCCUUCCUUACUCAAACCCCAGUGUACGGUUUAACUGAAACUGUAUAAUGUGCAUCUCAUUAAAUGGAUGCCAAUAAAUAUAUUUUUGUUAUGCAUGUUUACCUAAAGAGGCAUGCAUUUUUUGAGAACUAAAACUAUGGCAUCAAGGUUUAAUGUGAGUUUUUUCCAUGCCGCAUCUUAUAGAUGCAUUAAAAUCAAAAUUGAAAGUGGUAUUGUUAAUAUUUUGAAUGAUUAACAUCUUAAUCACUUUUUUCUUUUUUAUUUAAUUUUACCAAUAUAUGGAUGCUUUGACAGUUUUUUUUCUUGCUCUGUUAUAACCUAUGGGGAUGAGUUCUUUAGUUUAGCAGUUUAAAUGCUGGACACAGGCCCCCCCUACAUUAGAGAAACAAAAUUCACUUGAAAGAAAGUGAAAAACUCAUUCUUUUAUAGAAUGUUUUUUGAAAAACAGUAUAGUUUGUGUUGCCCCCUUUCUGCACGUUUUGCUGUAAGUUCAUAACAGCAUGUUAUUGUUAAGGUACGUGAGUAGAUUACAGAGUGUUUUUUUAAUACUCAUUGUUUUUGAGAUGAUGGCUUCCCAGUAAAGGGAACAUGCACUGUAGAUUUUGAAUAAGGCUUAAUUUGGAUACACACAGUGUUUCUUAUUUUGAUUCACUAUUUAUUUGUGAGUGAGUAGUCCUGUGUUUUCAUGUUUAAGACUGCAUUGCUCUUUUCUUUUCCAUUUUUAUAGAAAGAAAAAACUGUUUUCAUUUGUGUAGCACUGGCAGGACUUCAGAGACAGAACUGCAUACAUUACAUCAGCCAGGUAGACAUUCUAGAUAUUUUGAUCAAGUCUCUAGAUAUAACCAACUUGUUAUGUGACUGAGAAAUGAAUAUCAGGAAGUUCCCCAGCAGAACGUCACUCUGCUCUGCUGUCAAAGUGUAUCUUGACAUCCAUUUUGAGAGCAGAUAACUUGUUGGUUAUGACUGGAGAGCAUAAUCUUACUUCAUUAUAGUAGAUGAAGAUUUAGCUACCUUGACGUACUUUCCUGAUGCAGAAAGAAAAACUUUGGAAGUCUGAAGUGUUUUGCAACAUUGAACGCUUUCUCACAGGUCACAAGUAUGUGUGAACUGCACCUCUUAUCUACCAACAGCUUUAGAAGCUGUUAAACAUUUCACUGUGCUGUACAUUUUUAGUUGGCAGUCAGCCGCAUUGGUGCAGCGGUUAGUGUUGCCACCUCACAGCAAGAGGUUCUCCGGUUCGAUUCUCAGCUGGAGCUCCUGUGCGGAGUCUGCAUGUCCUCCCUGCGGUCCAGUAAGCUUUAAAGACAUGCAGGUAGUUGCAUGUGUAUAUGUAUGUGCCUUCUGUGAAGUAUAGGCACCGGGCUGACAUCUCAACACUGUAAAAGACCACUGCCAAUCAAUCUGCAGACCGUGAUCCCAGUCAGGAAAAGCCGAAAGACAUUGCUUUGUACGUUUUUAGUUGGCAGUGUGAAGUGUAUUACAGCCUUCAAAAAUUAUCAGAGGUUUCUGACACUGUUCUGUGCUAGCUGCUGUUUCUGCUACAGAGCAAGACUGGCGCUCACCAGCUGUAAAGGUGUACAGCAAAAGUUGCUAUGAAUUUUUCUGACAUCAGAAGAAUUCAUUACACACACACACACACACACACACACAUAUAUAUAUAUAUAUAUAUAUAUAUAUAUAUAUAUUUUUUUUUUUUUUUUUGCCACAGUAUAAGGUCUGAUUUCCACAUGUUACAAAAUGAAUCAGAAUAAAUAAAAUGUCCAGUCUCCUAAUGUAGAAAAAAAAGUUGUGUGCCAUUUAGAUUACAAGAAUUGUGCUUGUAGUGCUGAAAUACUUUUUUGUAUAAAUUUGUCCAUUGAUUGACUGCCCCUCUGCCCCUUUUAGUUUAUUUUUUUUUUU